CACCUGGAGCCGGGGCGGGGGGGACACCGGCCCCGGGGGAGAACACACCGGCCCCGGGGGGGAGCUCACCUGCGGGCGGGGAGGAGGCGGCCGGCGGCCCCGGGGGAGGCGAGGGGCAGGAGCGGUGCCCCCGGCUGUCUCCCACCCCCGCGCCCUCCUCAUCCUCGCCCCCGCUCCGCGCCUCUCCCGCCGCCUCCCCGCCCUGCGGCCGCGCAGCCCCUUCCAGCCCCCGAACUCCCGGCGCCGAAGUGCGAUACCGAGCCGCGGAGGGAGGCGAGGCAAUGGCGAGGCAGCCGCGCUCCUCCGCUCCACAUGGAACUGAUCUGACUUGCAGCAGGUCUCAGGAGCAGCCUAACCAUCUUCUCCAGUAACAAGGCCUGGGGUCAUCAUGGCAGCAGGAGUAGCAGCAUGGUUGCCCUUUGCCAGGGCAGCUGCCAUAGGAUGGAUGCCAGUGGCCAACUGUCCCAUGCCACUGGCUCCAACGGAGAAAAACAAGAGGCAGGAUGAGCUGAUCAUUCUCAACGUGAGUGGCAGGCGUUUCCAGACCUGGAGGACUACACUGGAGAGAUACCCGGACACUCUCCUGGGCAGCACCGAGAAGGAGUUCUUCUUCAACGAAGACACUAAGGAGUACUUCUUUGACCGGGACCCUGAGGUCUUUAGAUGCAUCUUAAAUUUUUAUAGAACUGGCAAGCUGCACUACCCCAGGUACGAGUGCAUCUCUGCUUACGACGAAGAGCUUGCCUUCUAUGGCAUCCUCCCUGAAAUCAUUGGGGACUGCUGCUACGAAGAGUACAAAGACAGAAAGAGGGAAAACGCGGAGCGGCUGAUGGAUGACAAUGACUCAGAAAACAACCAAGAAGGGUCCAUGCCAUCCCUGAGCUUCCGGCAGACCAUGUGGCGAGCCUUCGAGAACCCCCACACCAGCACCUUAGCCUUAGUCUUUUACUAUGUCACCGGUUUCUUCAUUGCUGUCUCUGUGAUCACUAACGUGGUGGAAACUGUCCCUUGUGGCACGGUGCCUGGAAACAAGGAGCUUCCAUGUGGGGAAAGAUAUGCUGUGGCUUUCUUUUGCUUGGACACGGCUUGCGUGAUGAUUUUCACGGUUGAGUAUCUGUUGAGACUCUUUGCGGCCCCAAGUCGCUACAGAUUCAUUAGAAGUGUGAUGAGCAUCAUUGACGUGGUGGCCAUCAUGCCGUACUACAUUGGCUUGGUGAUGACCAACAAUGAGGAUGUCAGCGGAGCCUUUGUGACACUAAGGGUUUUUAGGGUUUUCAGGAUUUUCAAGUUCUCUCGCCAUUCCCAAGGCUUAAGAAUCUUGGGCUACACUUUGAAGAGCUGUGCCUCCGAGCUUGGCUUUCUCCUCUUUUCCCUCACUAUGGCAAUCAUCAUCUUUGCAACUGUGAUGUUUUAUGCAGAGAAAGGGUCCUCGGCAAGCAAAUUCACCAGUAUUCCUGCUUCCUUUUGGUACACUAUUGUAACCAUGACAACGCUGGGUUAUGGUGACAUGGUGCCCAAGACAAUUGCUGGGAAGAUAUUUGGCUCCAUUUGCUCCCUGAGCGGGGUGCUGGUCAUUGCUCUGCCGGUUCCAGUCAUUGUUUCCAACUUCAGCCGAAUUUACCACCAGAACCAGCGAGCCGACAAGCGGAGAGCACAGAAGAAAGCCCGGCUUGCAAGGAUUCGAGUGGCCAAAACAGGCAGCUCCAACGCUUACCUUCACAGCAAGCGCAACGGCCUCCUGAACGAAGCCCUCGAGCUGACGGGAUCCACCGAGGAUGAACAGCAUAUGACUAAAGGCACCUCCUUAAUUGAAAGCCAACAUCACCACCUGCUGCACUGCCUGGAAAAAACAACCGGAUUGUCCUAUCUUGUGGAUGAUCCCCUGUUAUCUGUACGAACUUCCACCAUCAAGAACCACGAGUUCAUAGAUGAGCAACUGUUUGAGCAGAACUGCAUGGAGAGCUCAAUGCAAAACUAUCCUUCUUCUCGGAGCCCCUCCUUGUCGAGUCACCAUGGACUGACCACCUCCUGCUGUUCUCGCCGCAACAAGAAGACCACUCACCUUCCCAACUCCAGUGUGCCAGCCACUCGCCUCCGGAGUAUGCAGGAGCUCAGCACCAUCCACAUCCAGUGCAGCGAGCAGCCCUCACUUACAACAAGUCGUUCCAGUCUCAACAUGAAAUCAGAUGAUGGGCUGAGACCGAACUGCAAAACUGCCCAGAUAACGACAGCCAUCAUCAGCAUCCCCACGCCGCCGGCACUCACGCCAGAAGGCGAGAGUAGGCCUCCGCCCAGCAGCCCCAGCCACUCCACGAACAUUUCCACCACCACCACGAGCAACAUAGUCAAGGUCUCUGCCUUGUAAGACGUCUCAUGCACAGAAGGAGGCUGGAAGACCAGUGCCCCUCUCCCUCCACACCUCCAUGUUCCUUUCUUGCUGCAAAUUGUGCCUGGAUGGACCAACCUGACAUUUUGUCACCGAAUUAGCAAUGGAGACCUAACGAGGCAGCUUUCUUCAGACUGGCGUUCACGCUGUGGACUGAGGAAGGAUGAGGAGAUGGAGGAAGAGGCUGGUUAAGGGAAAAACCUGCUUGGGGAGCACAUUGUGCCAUGGUACAGGGCAAAAGUCACCUGCGGAGGCUGGAGGGAAAGAAUCAUCAUGGCAACAAGAGAGUCAAUAAAGAAAAUGGAAAUAUAACACUGUGUAUCGCAGCACCUUUUUAAAGGUUUUUAAUGGAUAAUAUUUAUUCAUGAGGAAAUGACUGAAAAGGUGAAAAACAAUGGAUUUUGUGAAUUUUUUUUCUUCAUGGAGCAGAACCUUUAAACCAACCAAAAUUUCACAUUUUUUUUUCUUUUAUAGGAAAAGAUUUAGACAAAGAAGCCACCUGUCACAGAAACCUAUUUCCAUUCCUCUGUGUGUGUGCGUGCGGGUGUGCAGCAGAACCCCAUCAGAGCAACACUGCGUUACAAAGAGCAGAGCAUGCUUCCAUGAUUGGGCGCACAGUAGGAAAAUACAAGCAUGUGUCAGCACAUACAUGUGCACACGCACACACACACACACCUGUGUCACCCUGGAUGGCAUUCUUUAUUUAGACAAUUUUGUAUCCGCCUUUUAAGUCAAUACAGUGCAAUUGCAAACAGUGUGUUUGUCUGCUAAUUAUUGUCUGUGAAAACAUAUUUGUGGAAAAAAAAAAGAGGCUUUAGUAGAGUUUUAGUCCCACAUGGGUAUCUGCUUUCUAUUUUUGUUAUCACUUACUUGUAAGAGUGUGACUAGACUACCAGUUCUGUAUUUUUAAAAAGGAAAAAAAAAAAAGGUAGGAUUCUUUUUUUAAUACUGUACACACAAAUGGCAAAGAAUGAGAAAGCACUGAACUCAACUGCAUCAAGCGUUCCUAAGUCUAACAGAGGUUUCUUGUAACGUAUGCCCAUGCUUUUUUAUUUUUGUUUUCUAUAUAGAAAUUUCUUUGCUAGCACUGGAGAUACAGCCCAUUGUAAAUAGUAGCCAAAUAAUGUCUGGAUCUAUACUUGAUAAUAACCAACCCCAGAGCCAAAUAUCUUGCAUGGACAGAGGGGUGUUUGGCUUUUUCGCAGUCUUAGGGCUCCAGUUGUCUCAUCAAUGGCUUCUGGGUCGCACCGAUUUUGGGGGUAGACUAGGUUAGCAAUUUUAGUUCUCCAGUCCCAGCACAGGAUCUACAGCAUGAAUCCACUUGAGAAGGGGGAACAGUACUGGAGUUUGGAAAACAUUUGACAAAGUGUGGUACAGAGAGCAUUUUCUUUUUGCAGCUCUACACUUAGUUUGGGAAAAGUCAUGCUUUUCCCAAUUCUAGUCAACCAAAAACUGAAGUAACACUGUGUGGUACUGCCAGGAAGCUAAGAGUUCUGACUAAGCUGUGGUCAGCUCUUUCUGAGAUCCUUCUCGGAAUGAUGUAUUUAAGGAAAUACAUGGUCCUGAAACAUAACUGAUUUACCCCCUAAGAAGAGUAACUUUUUUCUUCCAUUCUGCCUUUCUCAAGUCCCCUUUUCAUAACAAGCGUGAUCCGUGAAGGGCAGAGUGAGGAACAUCACCCACCUUUUCACUUGUCAUACACAGCUUGGCUAAUUAUUUUGGUCAUGCACAAACACCCCUUCAAGGCCCUAUACCCAGCCACGAACGGCAGUGCACCUAGCCCGCAACAGCUUGUAGAAAAUAAGGAAACAUUUCAAUGUCCUGUUUCUGAACAGCGAUUUUACCAACGUUAGAGUUAAAAGAGCAUGUUUGAGGCUGAUUCCACAAAGGGAUGACUUUUUUUUAACAUCUGUCAUAAUCUAUCCUGAUGUAAUAUUUAUAUACACAUAUACACGCAUACACAUAUAAAUAAAUACAGACAUAUACAUGUAUAGAUAGAUAAAUAGACCUACAUGCUAACUUAAACGUAUGAGCUAGCAAUCCGCUUUGUUAGCGCUCCUAACCCAUUAGUCUAUAGAGUGGACUCAGACGGCUGACGCAUUAACUCAAUACCCUCCUUAGAAACCUACAACAUUCUAGGAAUAUUAGGGCUAUGGCUAAGCCUUCAGUAGCUGCACCAGCUUAUAGUCAUUUAUUCCAGUGCUAUAAUAUGUUACCCUAAACUAUGUUUAGUCCUGUUUUAAAUGAUUAAAACGCUCUGCCUUUGCUGCUUCCUGUAGGAGGUUAUACUGCAGUUAAUCUUACCAUUAUUGAGUUUUUCUUGAUGUUUUAAUUUAAUCUUUCCUUUGCUUUAAUUUCAUUAUUUGUCAUCAUCUGCUCCCCAUCUGAACACCCUCACCCUUGUAGAUCAGAGGCCUUGCACCACUUACCACCUUGCACCCUCCUUUACCCUGGCACAGAAUGAGGGUUAAGUGCUACCGUGCGGACAGGGUACAGUGUUCCUUCCAAUGCGCAGGAGUAAACGAUUACAAAGAGUCAGGGACUCCACAUGGAUUCUUGGUGCUGCCGUUGUUAUUCCUGAUUUACUGUGGAGUGGUAAACAAGCCACUUCAUCUCUCUGCACCCAUUUCUUUAUCUGUAAAUAGCAAUCGUGGCAGCCCUUCUCUAAAGCACUAUUGGUGCAUUUAAUUGCUAUCAAUCAAAAUGCUUUUUGAAAAAAAAAAAAAUUAACAUUUUUAAGAAUAAAAAAAAAGUAAGAAGGAAAGCCAGUCCUUGGGGUUUCCGGCUGGCUGCUGGGGCUCAGAUUGUCAAGACAGCCAUGGCCUUUGUUCUCUUCCACAGAAGAGGAAUCACUGUUAUCCUUGCUCAAAAAUACGAGACUUGCUUCUUCUACCAUUAGCUUAGCAGGUGCUGCCCCAUGCCGUCAGUACAUCAGCUCAGACUUUCAGACGAUAAAGACAGACAAAACUGAGGAAGUCUGAGCCUAGAGGAACAGGGCUAAAAAUAUUUUUAAUGGAGGCAUUAGCUCCCUUUAUACACUGAUUUGAAAUAGACUGAGUAAUGCUUCCGAAAGCACUUGAAAAUAUGCUUGUACAAAACCUCCCCGGAUUGCCCAACACAGCUACAUCCUCCUUAUGAGUGCACAGUGCAAUCAAACAGCAAAGACAAGAAUCUCCCACCAUCAUAUCCGUGGUUGAUAGGGCACAACACAGCAUCCUUCAAAUGAAACACGGGGCAGAAGGGAAAGCAUUUGCACAGAAAAGCACGGGAACUGCACUACAGCCACUUAUUCCUACAAUAAAGGGAGGCAAUUAGCUUUACUAAACUGCAAGGCUCUUUAUAAUCUUUAAAUAGCAACUUAUAAAGCAUUGCUGAGAUAAGGCCAAGUACUCCUGAAAAUUUCUGGGCUUUAACUGAAGGAUUUGGACCGGCCCCCAGUACCGCCCUGUCUUACCAGCAUCCCUCUCCAGUUCCCCAGGGCCACACACAUCCAUCCAUACGGAUACAAAAACCAGCACGUACCCCUGCAAUCCUGGUCAUUCCUGAUGCACAUGGAAGGGGCCUUCCUCAGGUGGGGGCUACCUCCGGGAGGAGAAGCAUCCAGAAACAUAGGUAGGUUCUAGUCCUGACACCUUUCUGAAAGGCAGGUGGUACAAAACAGCCUGAUUAGCAAAACUGCUCAACAAAACGUCAAUAGCAUGUGGGCAGUUCAUCUGAAAAGCUUUCCCCUUUCCCCUAAUUCCUUACAACUUUUUAUAGUUUUAGAAUAGUUCAUUAAAAAAAGAUGUAAACAGAUUGUUUGUACAAAAAGCAAGUGGAAGGGGAUUAUUUUUUCAGCCUUUCAUAAAGCAAUAUUAAAAAUAUCAAAGGAGCAACACCAUUUUCCGAGCAUUUUGUUUCCUUUACAAAGUCUUUUCUGAGGGAAAAAUAUUUUCACAGAUUUUCAGCAUAUUCUGUUAAUAGAUUUGCUCUCUUCUCACCUGGCAUUGGGCUGCUAACAGAAGGAAUCGCACACAAUUGGCAAAGACUGAUGAGAAAUACCUUUCACAUCUAGGCUUUGACUUCUAUCUACUCUUUUUAAAAUCCACCUUUUACUUUCCUUUUCCUUAAAAUCUUAAGGGCACCCAUAAAGAAGAGGCCACAGAUAACACAUCCUAGUACAUAAAAAUUAAGGAAUUAAAAAAUGUAAUCCAUCCUCUGCUAGCACAAGAUCCUUCACUGCACUAUAUUGCAUUGCUUUCUCUAGAUUAAAGUUCUCCAAGGAAAGGACUCCCACCGCUUCCCUGGAGAGCUUAUUCCAGACUAAUAGUUCUCAACGUCAAGGAUUUUUCCCCUGCUGUUCAGCCAUAAUUCUUUCCUUAUUUUUUCCUCUCUUGCUGCCAUUAUACUCCUUCGCACCAUGUUAAAUUAUUCUCCUUUCCACAUUUUAAGUUAGCUGCCUUCAAGCGCAAGAGAAAUAUAAAACUUUCUACAGCAAAUUCUUAUCCCAGGGACCACUUUUGUCUGUCAAAUAAUUACCAUUGUUAAAAGUGAACUGAGGAAAAAUCAAACUAAGUAACACACACGGCUUUAGUGUUGAAUAAAGUUAACAGGCAAUUCAAAAUACAUCCUUCAUUACAGUUGGCUAGAAAUACUAAAUUGAGUCAAUGCUACUUGUUUAACUUGAAAGUUGAUAAUGUAUUUCUACUGCAAACAAGCAUCUGUCAUUCUAGUUUAGACAGCUUAAGGUGUGCACAUGAAAAUCAGAUUAAUACCAGCUAAAGAAAGCAUUCUUCAAGUAUUUUGCUUUUUUAAGUAAAGAGGUUAUAAACGUGUUGUAUCUUACAUGUAUUAUAAAGCAAAUUCAGUAAAUUAAAAACCACAUUUAGUUUAUGGGUUGCAACAUCCUUUGGAUCCUGUAAUAUUUUUUCUAUGUCAGACUAUGGCAGAGUUACAAAGUCAGCAUUCAUGGAUGGCUUGCGAACACCAGCAGCUUUCAACUGAAGACUUUAUUCUGCUUUUAAAGUUCGAUGAAUAAUAUACCUUUUCCACAUAAUUUACCAAUCAAAUAUAUUCUGAUUUAAAAAAAAAAAAGUCAUUUCUUCUUCUCCAACACUUUAAGCAACUGCACUAGGUAUAUGAUUUCAGAGCUCAAGUUUUUAGGUUUCACAUUUAACUAUGCCAUAAACAUUCUUCAUAAUGGUUUUAUCUUUCUAAAACUUUAAGAGCAGACAGAAGGUAGCGUGCACACUAGUUAGAGCUAGGAGACUCAGCAUCAGGAACCUAUGUUCUACUCCUGAUUGUCUUGAUGAAUCACUAAGUGACCUCGAAGAAGUCAUUUCACCUCUCUUUGCCAAUUAUACAAGCUGUGUAGGAUUUAAUACCUCCUCUUUCAACAACUGAAGCUCAAUUCAUGAACAGCUACAAAAGACCGUAGAGAACUCUUGAGAAAGCAUACGAGAGUACUGCUACUUACACUCAGAAUGCAAAAACUGUGCCAGAAAAACUUCAGGUGGAACCGUCAAAAAGACCAGGUGACAAAGAGCUUGUGAAAAUUCCUUCCUGAGUUUUGUUCUCAGUCAAUAAUCUGUUACUUUGUGUGUAUACGUGUGCACGUGUUUCCUUUCAUUUUGAUUUAAACUAGUGCUAGUCACAGAAGUCACACAGCUGUCUGGGUGAGAAGUUAACAACCACACUGAAUGCUCUUCUCCGUUCUGUUGCAACUAUGACUGGGAGCUCCCGCUGGCUCCUCGGACCAAUGAAGCAUCUUACAAAAUGCGUGUGAUGGUAUAUUUUUGAUAAAUCAGUAAGGCAUUCCAAUGCAAUGGUGUUUUCUUUAGAAGUUUUAUGUUAUAAGAAGCUCUCGACCUUAUUAUUUUCUAUUUUCGUACUAUAAAUGGGCUUUGCUUACAAACAUCAGAGGACAGAUACAAAAUGUACUGUAUACAACUGCAGGUAGCUUCAUUUGAGAACAACUUUCUAGAAGAACCAAGUUUCCUGUUGUCUUCUUUUGGAAUUGUAGUGCAUAUGUUGAAACUUGUAUAUCAUUUACAGUAUUGAGUCUUGUGCCACUGCUGUACCUGAUGUAUCCAAUCUGGAUUAAACAGAGUAUGUGCCACAAAUA